AAUGGGCGUCGAUUGGGAAUGGGCGCAGGAAAGUCGCGUCCCCUUCUUCUGCCUGUCUCCUGGUUGGACCGGACCGGACCGUACAGUUAUCUUCCGGUUCGCAUUUUAAACACUGCUCCGUACUCUCUUCCUAACCCUAAUAAGAAAAUCCCCGCGCCACAAACUCCCUCCUCUUUUCUGCUGUCUUCUCAUCCCUACUUUCCAUGUCUCUUAUCCCUGCCAUUUCAUGAAACUCUACCAAUACCCUCCCUCUUUUUACUACCAAAGUAGCCUCUUCCCCACCCUAUAUUCCUCCCAACUUCAUGUCUCCUCCCCAUGAAGAGGACCAUCAAACAUCCCUGGCUUCUACUACUACCAUUACAAUGAUAGUUAAAAUUACCAAAAAGCCCCUGAAUCCACCCCAUUUCCCUCUCUCUACCUUCCCUGUCAAAACCACAACCACAAACACCUCUCUCAUCCCACUCGAUUCCUACUCGUCUCCGUCCACUCCCGCUGAGGACCACCGAAAUCACUGCCUCGCCCUCGCAGACCACCUCGUCAGUCGUGGCAUGCUCUCCGCUGCUCACGGAGUCAUCUACCGCAUCAUCAAGAACUCAUCUCUGCCCGAUGCCAUCUCCACCGUUGAAUUCGCUGCUUCACGUGGGCUUGAAUUUGAUCCCGCCAGCUACAGCUCUCUCCUCCGGUCUCUUGUGAGCUCCGGCCAGACUGAAAAGGCCGAACACCUUCAUGCUGUCAGCAGAGGUACCGAUUCUGAUCCGUCUGUGUUGAAUUGCAUGGUAGUCUGUUGUUGUAGGUUGGGGAAACUAUCACAAGCGAAGGCCCAUUUCGAUCGAAUUGUUGAAAUUGGAUGCCUGCCGUCGAAGCCCGCAUAUGAUAUGUUGAUUCGCAGGUUCUGUAUGGUAGGGAAAUUCUCGGAUGCCGUCAAUCUCUUUUUUCAAAUGGUUGGGGUGGACAUCUUUCCCGGGCAUUCGUCCUUCAACUUGCUCAUUAACAGCCUUUCCUCGAAAGGGUAUUUAGUGGAGGCCGUUGAAGUGUUCUCUGUAAUGGUCAAAUCUGGCACUCGGCCGACACUUCACUUGUAUAAAUCUCUAGUUUAUAAUUUCUGCAAGCAGAGGAGAGUGAAGGAAGCAGAGUUACUAUGCAGAGAGAUGGAGUCGCAUGGUUUCUUCCCGAAUCGGGUCAUGUAUACUUCACUCAUUAAUGGGUACUGCAAGGAGGGUAAGAUGGAGUUGGCUCUUGAUGUUUUUCAGAGAAUGCAGGAAAUGGGCUGCGGGCCCGACACUUACGUGUACAACACGUUGAUUUACGGGUUCUUGAGGUUGGGCUAUGUCGAUUCGGGUUGUCAGUGUUUUAACGAGAUGGUGGAGAGCCAGUUGGAGCCAAACACAGUAACUUACCAAAUCAUGAUUAAUAAGUACUGUAAAGAUAGGAGGGUUGAUUGUGCUCUACAGCUUUUCGAUGCGAUGGCUCGUAGUGGUUUAGCUCCUAAUUUGCAUUGUUAUACGGUUUUGAUAUCUGCACUUGCCAAGGAAAACAGGCUGGUGGAGGCCGAUCAGUUGUUUAAAAAGAUGUUGGAUGGGGGUUUGGCUCCUGACCAUGUAAUGUUUUUAUCGUUGAUCAAUUCAUAUCCGAAAGGUCACGAGCCCCUUAUAGCACUCAAGACACUGCAGGCAAUAGCCAAGCAUGGGUGCAAUAUAGAUGCAUCGAUUUUUGUUGGGUCAACUAGUUCAUGUGCGGAUGAGACUCGGCAUCGAGAAAUCGAGCUACUUUUCAAUGAAAUUGUAAGAAGUGAUAUUGUUCCUGCUCAAGUGGCAUUCAAUAUCCUGAUAAAUGCCUUCUGUGCAGAAGGGAAGAUGGAUCUUGCUCUUCUUUUCAUGGAUAAAAUGGUCGGUCAUGGAUGCGAGCCUUUAGUUUCUACCUAUAAUUCCUUGAUCAGAUGUCUUUUUAAGGAGGGUCGGGUCAAAGAUGCUGGGUCGCUGUUGGGUGUUAUGAAAGGCAGGGGUGUUUUUCCCAACCUGGCUACUUAUUUGAUAGUGAUAAAUGCACAUUGCAAACAGGGGGAAGUAGGAUCGGCUUUAAUGGUGUUUGAAGAUAUGGUUGAGAGAGGGUUAGAACCUACAGUUGCAAUUUAUGAUUCUAUAAUUGGUUCGUUGUGUAAGGAGAAUAGAGUGAAGGAAGCUGAGUUUAUGUUCCAAAGGAUGCUCAAGGCUGGAGCGACACCUGACGAAAUAAUCUAUACCACAUUGAUUAAUGGGUACUCUAAAAAUGGAAGAGCUGUUGAUGCUUGUCAUCUAUUUGAUGAGAUGAUAGCGCAUGGCUUUCAGACUAGUUCCCAUGCUUACGCUGCACUUAUAAAUGGAUUAAUGAAGAAAAACAUGAUCACUAAGGGAUGCGAGUAUCUUGGUAGGAUGUUGGAAGAUGGCUUCGCACCGGACACUUAUCUUUACACAAUGCUUAUCCAUCAGUUUUGCCGGAAAGGAGAGAUCAGCUUUGCCUCUGGCUUGUUCAAUCUAAUGGUUAGAAACCAGAUUGAGCCUAAUUUGUUCACAUAUGGAUCUUUGAUUGGUGGGAUUUGCAGAAACAUCUCGCGUAGCCGUAGAAGGGAACCUUUGUUAGAUAAAAGAUCAGAGAAUAUGAGACGGUUGCUUUUCAGUUUGCUGCCCCAAAAAACUUUAGUACCAGGAGAAUUGAAUAAAAGAAUUUUUUGCCACUCUCCUGACAAAAAGAUUGAGCUUGCUUUAAAGCUGAUGCAAGAUAUGGCAGUGACAGGACUGAUGCCAGAUUUACAUGUCUACAAUGGGAUGAUUAAUGGACUUUGUAGAGCAGACAUGAUGCAAGAUGCAUAUGAUCUUCUAGAUUUUAUGCUGGAAGCUGGUGUGGCUCCUAAUCAUGUGACUUACACCAUUCUCAUCGAUGGUCACAGUAGAUUUGGUAAGAUUGAUUUGGCAGUCAAGUUAUUCAACCAGAUGAAUGCGAAUGGAUGCACCCCGGAUAAGGGCACAUACAACACGUUGAUUAAAGGCCUUUGUAUGGCUGGAAGAGCAAUUGAGGCUUUAUCGGUCUCACGUACAAUGCAUAAGAGGGGCUUAGUUCCCAACAAGGUUUCUUACGAUAGAUUGGUUGCAUGCCUGUGUAAUAGCAAUUCCAGCGAUCUUGCCUUGAAUCUGUUUGAAGAGAUGAAUUCGCAUGGCUAUGUGCUGCACCAACAUAAUUAUAACCGUUUCCUUUGCAUGUUGUGCGAAGAAUCCAAAUUGCUGGAGGCUCACAGAGUUUUCGAUGCAAUGCUCAAAAGAGGAAAGGCUCCCAAUGAAUCAACAAAGAGGAUGCUUGUAGACACAUGUUAUAAGCAGAGAGAGUUCGACUUGGCUUUUGUGAUUGAGGAAAAUAUGCUUGUGUAUGAGAACUAGUGUUGGUUCUAUCACGCACAUGGUGCAAUCUUCUUGAGUUGCUCGCUUAUUCUAUGCAGAAUCCUACAUCGGUCAUGGGAGUGUGUAGUGUACACCGCUUCAAGGGACCUGAAACCCAGUUGCCGAUUGAUGUUGAUUACUUUUCUCGGGGAAUGGGUUGAACUACGUGCCUCCCUUCUCUAAAUUCUACAGAUGUUAUAUGCCGUUGACAACCAUCGGGAAGAAAAGCCAAUGUAAGCAUCGGAUCAGUUCCAAAUUCAAUCACUGAAAGGAGUUCCAGGUCUGCUGGUCCCUGGGCCAAGCAGAAAACACCAUUUUGUUUUACUGAGCAUCAUGUAGUACCUAUUUAUCAAAUUGCUUUUGACCAUGUUCAGAAUGGUCUAGAAGCACUUUUUUUCUUCCCAUCAUAUCAAAGAGGGUCUGUGGGCAUUUAUAAUGUCCAACAUAAAGCUUAUUUUUCUAAUUAUAUUUUGCCUAUAAAUAUGAAUAUGUUACUUCAAGGCAAGUUUUUCUGAGGCCAACUGCUGAAUGUAAUGUAACAGGUGUAUGUUGCUUUUGUUUCAGCUGUAAUACGUGAAGCUUCCACUGGAAAUUAUCCUGGCUUGCAUCACUAGCAUCCUUUGGUUUCAGUACAUUUCUUGUGGUGAAUUUCUGAAGGGCCAGGUAUUGUGUGCUUCUCGCAAUCUAUAAACAGAGAGCCAUGCUCUUGGAGCUAACUGUUCUACAGCCUGUAAUUGUAGACCCGAAUCAAUCUCAUAAAUGCAAAUCUUUAUAAGAUGCUCUGGGCUCCAGAGAGGACUAUUAGUCAGGCGUCUACUUCUAUGGUGUGGCACUAUAGGGCUUCUCUCAAAUUAAUGGCCUUUGCAUGGCUUGUUGGGGGAAAUCAAGUUCUAACAAUUGACAAUCUCCGGAAUGAUCAUCCCUAAUGUGUGCUUGCUGUAUAUGGGAGGUGCUGAAUCUGUGGACCACCUGUUUAUUCAUUGUCCAUUCACACAUGGUGUGGUAGCCUUUUCAAUGCUCUAGGUUUGUCCUGGGUGAUGCUGGACACAACGGUGAAUCUGUUUAGGGCCCGGCACGGGUUGAAUCUUGGGAAGAAGGAGAGGCCUGAGUGGAGAUUAGUGAUGUACUGAUGUUGGCUGUAAUUUGGACAGUUUGGGAGGAGAGAAAUGGAACAUGGUUCAAUACUAUCAACAACUCUUCUUCUCAAGUUAUUUGUAGGGCUAAAUCCCGUUUGGCAGAAUGGGCUGCUUGUAUAAAUUUGUUAAAGCAUUGUAAUCUUCUGUUUGUUUGAGCGGGUUGUUGUUGGCGUGCUAUCUUGGCUCUUUUUCUUUUAAUAAUUUUUUUUUGUAGCUUUCAAUUCCUGUAACAGCCUCUAACAUUGAAAGAUGCACAAACCACUGCUGUGCUACAUGACUUUUUAGAUAUGAUGCCACACAAAAAAAAAAAAAAAAUUUCGAAUAAAAGAAAAAACUGCUGUGGCAUAUGACCUUUUGAAGACAGGAAUUAUAAAAAUCUCGUAGUUUUGUGCAGUAUACACAGUUUUCAGUUCUGAAGUGGGGCCCAUGCUUUGGUACUCCAUGCUCCAGGAAAAAAAUGUCGCCUGCAUCCUAAUGUGGAUGGCUUAUGCCCCAAAAAUCUCCCACAUUGUUCGCUGUUACUAGCCACCAGUGCUGGCACCCUUUUUUCUGUUGAAUAUAGGCCAUUGCUGAAUUUAUCUUGUGGAGUAUCUAUCUGUAGGCCAAAAUAAAAAGGCUAGGAUUGUGUCAUCAGGAGAUUUUUGGGGCAUGGUCCAUCCACUGUGGGACACAACACGCCAAUUUUGUAGACAACCAAACCAUGGGGCGUACUUUCCAAAAAACUGAAACCCUGAGUAUACUGCAAAAAGCCUCUGCUCAAGGUUCAAAUAUUCCCUCUUCGAGAUGAUACAACAGGAAACACUGAUGAGAGAGUGAAAGAGAAGAUCGAUUCAUUUAAUACCCACAAAAAUUGGAAAUUAUAAAGCUUAAAAUUCAUAUUGCCGCAAUUGAAAUGUUUUAAUAAAAUGUUUCAAUCUCCUUCCAGAUGUAAUAAAAGGGGAGGAUUAAACUGAUUUCAUUUUUUAGCUUCCAUUUCCAGGAAUCUAUCAGCUGAGAAAAUUUUCUGUGGGAUGCUGAGACAUGGAAAUUUUUAUGAUAUCAUGCCAAGUGGAUCUGUUGCAAACUUCGAAUGUAUUACAAAAGAAAAUGUUGUGUGAUGACAUCCUAUUCCAUGUAUAAUUUAUGUUGCGUGAUAUACUGAUCUGCUCAUGGCAUGUUAUUCUUGUAUUUAAGUAAGAAACUGUCACCUUAUUUAUUUUGGCAUACAUUAUAUUCGUUGUUGAUUUUUUAAUGAUUUAAUCAAAGUACAGUAGUACACCAUACUCAGUGUUCCAAACUGUUGAUAUCAUGGAAACCACCGUGGAUAGCACAUGCCCCAAAAUUAUCUUACAAAACCAUAGAAUUGCUGAUGAUCAAAGAAAUGGUUGAGAAAGAAAUACAGAGAUGGUGCACAUUAAACUGAUGACUAGGAUAUUCCAAUUUGUGAUCUUUUCUUUUCAUGGGCCAUCUAAGGAGCUGCCCAUCAUGUCAUUAGUUUUGGUCACCGAACUGUGGGCUUCACUUGUACCAGCUGAGAACUGUAGAUAUUCUCAAGCUAAUCAUUACAUAAUACCUCCAUCAAAAAAUAUAUCUAGAUGAACAGGGAAAAGCAUUUAAAUUUAUAAUAUAAAAAACAAGCAAAACAAAUUAAGUAAUUUCCUAUGAGCCAUGUCAGCAUCUAUGCAAUUCAAAACCUGCCAAGUGCAUCCAGCAUGACAAUCUUCUAAAAUUUUCAAGACCCUGGUUCAUCAUCUUUAUCAACUAAGCCUCAUCCCAACUAAUUGGGGUCGGCUGGAUGAAUCCUUCUCUGCCAUUCCACUCUAUCAAGGGCCAUAACUUCAGUUAGACCAUAGGUCAUCAAAUCUUUUCUUACUACCUCUACCCAUGUGUUUUUUGGGCCUCUCCCUUGCGUUGUUAGAGCUUUCAACUUGUACCAACUCACGCCUUUUAACCAGCGCAGUUCUUGGUCUCUGUUGCACAUGACCAAACCAUCUAAGUCUACUUUUACUUACCUUAUUACCUAUUGGUGCUACUCAUAAAUUCCCUCAAGUGCAUUCAUUUCUAAUUCUAUCAUUGUCUUGCUACUCAUCUAUCUCAACAUCCUCAUUUCAGCUGCACUCAUCUUAUGAAUAUGUUGUUCCUUUAUUGCCCAACAUUUUAUCCCAUAAAGUGUUACUAGUCUUAUCGCUAUCCUAUAAAAUUUCCCUUUUAGUUUGAGUGGUCACAUGGUGAUCACAUAAAACUCCAAAGGCACAUCUCCAUUUCUUUCACCCCACUUGAAUUCUAUGGUUAACAUCCUUCUCAAUCUCUCCACUCAUAAAUUAUUGACCUAAGAUAUUGAAAAUAAUCAUUUCGGAAAACUUCUUGGUCAAAAAUCUUUACUGACUCCUCGUUCCCACUCCUAUUGUUACUAAAAUUGCACUCCAUGCACUUUGUUUUAGUCCAACUAGUUUUAAAUCCUUCGGAUUCUAAAGCACCCUUUCAUAAAUCUAGCUGAAAUUGCGUGAUGUAGGAUACCACGGCGCGUGCGGAAGCUUGGUAGAGCUAUAGAAUGGUGGCUAUGUCAAAUAUGUCAAUUAAAACUAAGUAAAGCAAUUAACUCUAAGGCUUCCAAGAUAAUAAAGGGUCCAAUCACAUAGACUACAAUGGAUGCAAUAUGCUAAGCAAGUAGACUAUAAAUGAUAGUGUACAUGUGUGUGUGGGAGUGUAACUAUUAACUCUUAGCAUUCAUCUAAUUAUGCAUACAUAUAAUUAACUAAUCCAUCGCGUAUUGGCUCCCAUUAUUACUGUCACGUAACAUCCGUUAUGUAACUGUUUUUUAAUACUAUGGAUGCAAGCCUAUUAUAAUUGGGAACUCACUUGUCUUUCCAUUAGUGGUCCUCACAUUUGUUUCCACUCCUUCAUACAUCCUUAAUCAUAUUAAUAUAUCCUCUUGAAACUCCUUUUUUCCCCAACACCCACUAGAUUAACUCUCUAGGGAUCCUAACCUAAGCUUUCUCUAUGUCAAGAAAGACCAUGUGGAGAUCCUCCUCUCCCUAUUGUUUGGAUUCAUACUGGAGGUUAUGCCAUAAGUUUGACUCCAACUGCCAACCGACACAACCCCCCUCCAUCCAUGCUUAGGACUGGCAAUGGGAAUUUCUCAGAGAAAAUAUAAAUAAAUAAGCAUAAUGGAAAUAUGAAAACAUGUGUGAAUCGGCAUCAUCGCCUUAAUUUUCAUCUUCGAGCCUUGUUCAAGCUUUUUGAUGUCAACUUGGCUCUGCUGAAUGCCUCCAAAACUUCAACAACUGGCUGCCUCCCUGAAAUCAACUCUCCUCCUAUAUAUAUA